UGCAAAGUUCAGCCCUCUGCCUGUUAUACUCUGUUAAGCACAGGAGCCUAAAGUUCUUUUAUAACUAGACUGAGCCUGCAAUUCCUGGCCUCUCACCAUCCCUUUCCCCUCUGAGACACAGGGGCUGCUCGAGGAGCCAUGGAGCCCAGCAGCAGCCACAUAGAUGACUUCCCUCUUAAUGUGUUUUCGCUCACUCCUUACACUCCCAGUACCGCUGACAUCCAGGUGUCUGAUGACGACAAGGCAGGAGCCACCUUGCUCUUCUCAGGCAUCUUUCUGGGACUGGUGGGGAUCACGUUCACAGUCAUGGGCUGGAUCAAAUACCAAGGUGUCUCCCACUUUGAGUGGACCCAGCUUCUUGGACCCAUCCUGCUAUCAGUUGGGGUGACGUUCAUCCUGAUUGCUGUGUGCAAGUUCAAAAUGCUCUCCUGCCAGCUGUGCAAAGACAGUGAGGAAAGGGUCCCGGACUCCGAGCCGAUAUCAGGAGGACAAUCGUUCGUUUUUACUGGUAUCAACCAACCCAUCACUUUUCACGGAGCCACCGUGGUGCAGUACAUCCCUCCUCCUUAUGGGUCUCAAGAGCCGAUGGGGAUGCACACCACCUACCUGCAGUCCAUGGUGAACCCUUGUGGUCUCUUGCCCUCUGGAGGAGCAGCCAGCGCCAUGCCAAGUCCCCCUCAGUACUACACCAUCUACCCCCAAGAUAAUGCUGCAUUUGUGGAGGGCGAGGACUACUCUUCUCUCAUGGAUGGUGGGAAUGGCAGUUCCUUGAAGGAGCAAGGGCGGCUGGCUUGUCUUGCUCAGUAGGCCCUCUGCCCUGUGUCUGGACACAGACUCUGGGUGUGUGAUGACUGUACCCUGUGAGGUGACAGAGAAGGAAGACUGCAGUUAACAGCACAGAAGAGGCUGUGGGCACAGAGAAGACCAAGUAGGAGGGAGGAUGUGCCUCAGUCUCCUGGCUCCUGGUCACACUUGUACCUUCGCCAUCCUUGGUAUGGGUACGGCCUGUAUGAACUAUGCCUGUGGAAGCCUCACCCUGGAGCCAAGCAAGUUUCAGAACCUUGGAAAAAAGUGUCCUUCCUGUAUAAAGGAGUCUUUAUGACCCCCAAGAUCCCAGGAACAAACUGCAGAGACAUCACAAAUGUCAGGAUUUGACAACUUUGAAAGCAAACUGUUCAGUUCCAAAUAUAUACAAAGAUGCCACACUGAUUGUUGACUUCUGAAGACCUGUCCAAAUGAAAGGCCAAGGAACAAGCAGGGGCUGACUCUGUAGGAGAAAUGCUCCAGGCUGCCCGUGCUGGGCAAGGACAUGUCACUGAGAGGAGGCUGGGAAGGCUGUGACCCACAGAGCUCCCAGAAGUUUCUGAGCCUUCUCCACUGAAAUCCACCUAAACAUGGCUCCACGAGGAGCCUCCUUUUCAUCUCAGCCAAUUUUACUAUGUGCCACUAUGGGUUUCGUGUUUCAUUUAAUCAUAAACCAUAUUAAAUUUAUAUUUAGCUCUAUUUUCAUAAAAAAAAAUGAUGUAUGUGACAGCCCCCUUGGUGAAGGAGCAUCAUGCAAAUAUAAUAGCAUAAGUGAACCAAGGUGGUCAUGGUUCGUGUGGCUUGGCCAAUGGGUAAUGUUCUCAUGAACUGCUCAAGCUCUCUUGGUGAAGAUUUCCCCAAAGAUAGAAAAGUCUUCAAACUUAUGCCAUGAGGGGAUACAGCAGGCAUGCAUGGUAGUAGGAUGGGCUACAGGAUUUGCACAUAAGUGCAAAAUAAAAAUGUGGGGCUCCUUGUUUAGAAAUUAUGAAGAGUUUCAAGAUGGCACCAUCAGAAUGUCAAACCAGUGAGAGUUCUGCUUAGGCCCUGAUGCUUCGUGACUGCCUAGGUCUCCUGACCAUGUAACCAACUCUUCACUUGAGGCUGCAA